GAGAGAGAGGAGGAGGAGGUGGGAAUGACAUGAAUACAUCAGAUGUUCUAGCCCUGGGCUCUCCAGCCCCCUGUUAACCUAAACCUAGGGAUUGGCUGGGAAGCAGCACACUGGGAUCUGAGUGCUGGGAUGUCAAGCUCUUGAGACGAAUUUCUCUUGCAGUCUGUGCUCUACUCUCCAGGGUUAUAAUUUGGAUUUUUAACCUGCAGACACCAUGAUCGAAGUUUACAUCCCCUCUGUGGGUCAUCAGGUGGUAAAGUCGGACAAACCCCGCUUCGUCUUUAAAGUGGAUGUUCUGUUCAAUGGCCGCAGGCAUACUCUCGACCGCCGUUACAGUGAAUUCCUUGCGCUCCAUAAACUGUUGAAGAAGAUAUGCAAGGUCCCAGACUUUCCACCCAAACGAGUACCAAACUGGAUGUCCAAGGUCCAAGAGCAACGGCGACAGGGACUGGAAACGUACAUACGGGGGGUUUUAUACUACAAUCAGGAUGUCCCCAAGGAACUGUUGGAUUUUCUGAAGCUCCGACAUUUCCAUUCAAGCAGAAAGAACUGCAGUCUAGAAUCCCUAACAGACAUUACGUUGGAUAAAAGCUCCUGGUUGGCACAUAAACCUGUGGUGGGAUAUUAUAAAGAUCACUACGUUCUCCCACCUGAUACAGAUAUAAUUGAAAACAUGGUUUUAGAAGGUGUACUUCGAGGUGUCUACCAGCAGGAAGUUCUACCUACAUCCAAAAAAAGUCUUCCUGCCAGGAUACAAAUAUUGGUAACAGAAGAACAAAAAGAACGAUGAAUGACUUGCCCCUGGAAUGUCUGACUAGCGGCUUUAUUUUACUUUUGAAAAAGAGAGAAAAAUCACAAGAUGGGAUUGAUCUGUUUCUUUUUUUGAAGGCCAGAAUUGUUUGAAGAGAGGUUCAUUGUCUAGACUACCGUGUUUGAAGAAGACUUUCUGGAAUCCUGCAGGAAAAAUGUCAUGAGAAGUUAGAUGUUAUGAAUGUGUUAUUUCCUAUCGUUGCAUGGAUUCUCCAGGUCUCGGUGAAAGCCAUUGGACGUGUCCAUGAAAGGAACACAGUAAAACGUGUGUCAUUCUUGGCAUUUGGACAAAUUUUUUUUUUUUAUUAUAAACAUUUAUUAUUUUUUUCAAUUCUCCCAAGGACAUAAACCAAAAAGGUUGAAUCUACACUUGGAGUUGAGAUAUAUUUGAGCUUUGUAGAAGAAAAAAAACAA